ACGCCGCUGGGCGCGCGUGGAGCCGGAGCCGGGAGCCAGGAGCCGGGCGCGAGCGGAGCGCAGCCGCGAGGGAGGCGCGGGGGCGGCGAGCGGGAGCCGAGCAGCAGCCGGUGUUGGCGGGGAGCAGCCGGGCGCAGCCGGAGCCGGAGCCGGGGCGCAGCCGCGAUGGCCGUGGCCGUGGGGAGACCGUCUAACGAAGAGCUCCGGAACCUGUCCCUCUCCGGCCAUGUUGGGUUUGACAGUCUUCCUGACCAGCUGGUCAACAAGUCCACUUCCCAAGGCUUCUGCUUCAACAUCCUGUGUGUUGGUGAGACGGGCAUCGGCAAGUCCACGUUAAUGGACACUUUAUUCAACACCAAGUUUGAAAGUGACCCCGCUACUCACAACGAGCCAGGCGUCCGGUUAAAAGCCAGAAGUUACGAGCUCCAGGAAAGCAACGUCCGGCUGAAAUUAACCAUCGUGGACACCGUGGGAUUUGGAGACCAGAUAAAUAAAGACGACAGCUACAAGCCCAUUGUGGAGUACAUCGAUGCCCAGUUUGAGGCCUACUUACAGGAGGAACUGAAGAUCAAACGGUCUCUCUUCAACUACCACGACACCAGGAUUCAUGCGUGCCUCUACUUCAUCGCCCCGACUGGGCACUCCCUGAAGUCCCUGGACCUGGUCACCAUGAAGAAGCUGGACAGUAAGGUAAACAUCAUCCCAAUAAUUGCAAAAGCUGACACCAUCGCCAAGAACGAAUUACACAAAUUCAAGAGUAAGAUCAUGAGUGAACUGGUCAGCAAUGGAGUCCAGAUAUACCAGUUCCCCACGGACGAAGAAACGGUGGCAGAGAUCAACGCGACAAUGAGUGUCCACCUGCCAUUUGCCGUGGUCGGCAGCACCGAAGAGGUGAAGAUCGGCAACAAGAUGGCCAAGGCCAGGCAGUACCCGUGGGGCGUGGUGCAGGUGGAGAAUGAAAACCACUGUGAUUUUGUGAAGCUGCGGGAGAUGCUGAUCCGCGUGAACAUGGAAGACUUGCGGGAACAGACUCACACACGCCACUACGAGCUGUACCGGCGCUGUAAGCUCGAGGAGAUGGGGUUCAAGGACACGGACCCCGACAGCAAGCCCUUCAGUCUUCAGGAGACAUACGAAGCAAAAAGGAAUGAGUUUCUGGGAGAACUUCAGAAGAAAGAAGAAGAAAUGAGACAAAUGUUUGUUAUGAGAGUGAAGGAGAAAGAGGCUGAGCUUAAAGAGGCAGAGAAAGAGCUCCACGAGAAGUUCGACCUCCUGAAGCGGACACACCAAGAAGAGAAGAAGAAGGUGGAAGACAAGAAGAAGGAGCUGGAGGAGGAGGUGAACAACUUCCAGAAGAAGAAGGCGGCUGCCCAGCUGCUGCAGACCCAGGCCCAGCAGUCUGGGGCCCAGCAGACCAAGAAAGACAAGGAUAAGAAAAAUGCAAGCUUCACAUAAAGCCUGGCAAGCCAAGGAUGGUCCCGCAUUCACCUGCUUUUGCAGUAAUAUUGUAUCGCUGCCAUCUGUGUCCUUUUUUUUUUUUUUUUUUUUUUUACCUUCCCCCAGAUACCAAUAACUCUUAACUCAUUUUGCUGAAUGUUGUUGGGUGCUGGAAAGUGAUAGAGCAAGGGAAUGACAGCAAAAGCUCUGAGCAGCUGGACUGGCCUCUGGAAGUACAUGAGUUGCCUUUUGUGCCUGUUCUGAGUGGCGGCAGGAAGCAUGCCUGCUGCCUGUGUGUUGCUUUGGACGGAGGGAAGGAGGGUACAUUGCUACACGUUCGCCUGACAGGAAAACUCACCUCCUCAGCAGCUGAACCCUAAACCUGAACAUCCAUGACAACUUGCUGUUCUUAAUGAUUCAUGAUGGUGAAAGCCCUGAAUUCACUCUGGCUCUUCUCCACACCCACCCCAAACCCAAGAUAGCUUUGCACGUAGGCAGGCCGGUGGGUAAGCUGUGUGCGACUUUUAAACUUGCAUGGAUCGCUCAUUAUUAUAAUAACAUUAUUUGGUCUGGGUUGUGGGUCUGUUCAGACUGACCAUCUCUGCUUAUGGCUUUAAAAAUGUGUCUGAACCCCCCUGUCUCUCAAAUUCUGGCCAAGUUGAACUGUAAACGGAUCAAGGCUACCCUGAUAAAAGUGAACACAAUCAUAGUCUCAAGAGCUGGAUAAACAGCAUUGCUUAGAAGAAGCUACUAAGGAUAGUGAACUUGCCACAGCCUCCUUACUCCUCAGAAUUGCUGUCUUCCACAAACACCGAAAUCUGCCCCCAGUGGGUGGAGAGGAAGAUCUAACGACUGAUGCCAGGGAUUCGGUACCUCCAAUAACAUUCUUCAAUAAUGAGAAGAAAUUUCUCAGAAAUCCUUCAAAUAAAAAGUGUGUUGUAAAUUGUGUACCAUCUGCAGCACAAAUCUGAGGGUGACAUGUCCAUGUCAGGUAGAAAUGGGAAGGAACAUAACACAAACCCUCAAGUCAAAGAAAUUCAACUUAGCCUCCCAUCUCCUUGCAUAGGGUCCUUUUGCUAUUUGGCAAUAAAGAGAAGAAAAAGUGUUACAGCUGGUCUUUCAAAUCCAGUUGUCUUGAAGGAAUUUCCUCACCUUUCCCUUUGCAACUAGCUCACCUCCCUCUGUAUGCCAGUCAGUGAAGGCUAGGACUAACCCCGUAUGCCAUGACAGAGGCUGCCCCCAUUGUAUGGAAAUGGCAUAUGUAACCUCUUUUCCAUUCUGUUCCUUUAUAAGGCUUAUCCUUUUGUCUUGAUUCUCCCCCUCCCCCCCAAUAACAAGAUACCAAGAUCCUACCAGCUUUCCCUCUAACUCUAUAGUCUCCUGUUUCUUACAUUAAAGAGUGCAUUUCUCAUGAACCCGAUGCUUUAUUUCCUUCUGGACUUACUAGUCCUACAUAAAAAGCAUAGAAUACACUGCCCCUUCCCUGACACACACACACACUAUUAAGUCUGAUUCCAGUAAAGAUUAUUUUCCCCUUCUCUUGGUCCUCAACCAUACUCGUAGAGGAAAGGAAUGGUCUUCUGUGAACUGAUUUGGCUUAAUUAGGCCAAGUUAAGAAAUCGGUUUCACUGAAGUAGGGACAGAAACUACAAACUAGGAGCAGCAUUAGUGGUAUUGAGAUAAGUUUCAGAGUAACUGGGCCAAGGUUUCGUCUUUUUCUUUUUUUUUUAUGAUCUUAGUGUGAUGCUGGCUGUGGAGCAGCGGCUGUCGGGUGGCUUGCUGAUUCUAACCACGGGCUGAAUUUGCUCAUUUGCUUGCACCAGACAAAAGCUUGAAUCCUUGUGUUGUAUGCUUGUCCCAACAGCUGCUUGUGUGAGCAUUUUUGUGCUUUGUAACGGGAAAUACACUUCCAAAUUCUCAAAAUGCAUCACUUUAAGGCAAGCCUAGCCUUGAAAGGCACCAGGCUGACUUUGAUUCUAAGAGUAUUGAUUUUUUCCCCGUUAAAUUUUUCACAGUAAGAUAAAUCCUAUGGAGAGUCAGAGAAUAAAAAAACAGAAGAAAUAGACUAUAGAAGCUUUUUAAAAAUGCGUUGCUUCUGAACUUUCUCCUACCUGCUCCCUGGCCCUGUUUAGUUUGUUAUUGCUGUCCUUCUUUCUGUAUCUGUGCCUUUUUUCACAGUAGUCCUUGGCUCUGCACGGAAUAAAUGAUACCCUCCAAUCUAAUUGGAUGUGCUUUCGCCUUUGCAUGUAAGUACGGCAGUAAGAAACAUUUGAGAUUUUUUACUUUAAAAUUAGAGAAACAUAUGGGAUAGGUGGAUUUUUUUUUUUUUCUUUUUCUUUUCAGAGGGGGAAAGGGAGGUAAUGGUUUGAGAAGCUUUUGGUUUAAAAAAUGCUCACAAUAUUUAAAACGGCCAAUUUUAUAUCUUUUUCACAAGAAACACAUAAAUUCAAUUUUCCUAUGAUAUCAAUAUGGAAGUCAGAAAUCACUAGCCCCCCACCACACAGCACUGUGGUGUCAGCAGGUAUCGCAGAGGGCCUUGGUUCUAUGUAAAUACAGUUAGAAUGAGAAACUGCCACCUCCCACUGGUGAAAAUUGAGGAAGCAUUGCUUAUGCUAGGCUGCCUCUGUGGCUCUUUAAUUUUUUGUGAUCUUGCUUGAACGGCCUGGCCCUUGUGCUGACUGCUGGCAGUGGUAACCUCUAUUUUUUAAGCCAGACGGCUCCAGCCGGCCCCUCCCCACAUCUCAUGUUCAACCAUAAUGGCCAACCUCGUGCCUCUCCUGGACUUUAGAUACCGGAGCAGUUGUGCCUGCAGUAGGAUGUGGUGGGAAAACAUUUGAGAGAAUUUUUGGGAGGUCAGACCGUUUCCUGCUUCAGCUCUUUAUUCAUUGGUCAGGGUUCUGUCCAGAAAGGGUACCUCCUGAUGGGGGCGUUUAACAUAAGGCUGGGCACAGGCUACUUAUCUUCCUCCUCUGCUUUGUAAUCUCACCAGCAAUAAAAAUAGUCUUCACAUCUGUGCACCUCAAACAAACGGGCUUGGUUUCCUCGCUUCCUUGAAACAUCCAUGUUUCACACACAGUUUGGUCAGGUUUUUCAGCUGUUGCCACCCUUGUCAUACUGUCUCUGUGUGGUCCUGCCAAAACUGUCCAUUCAAACCAGCUACUCUUUCAUUUGCAAGCGUUUGAAACUGUCAAGUCUCCGCUUCCAGAAGUCUUGGUUCCAUUAACAGAAUAUGUAUGUAUGACUCUUGAGUGGAAAUUAUGCCUACAAAGUCUAGAUUGUAUGUAGGUAUGAAGGGGAAUUUUUUUUUAAUAAAUUGAAAAUUAAGCUGUGAACAGCAUUAGAACUUUGUCUAUUUCCGAAUUUUGAAAUAUGCUGAUAUGCCUUAAAAUGUAGUGGAUCAUUGUCAUUUUGCUAUUGGAAAAUAACCAUUGUGUUUCUAAAACUGUUGUGUAAUCUACUUUCAGUGUUAAUGCAAAAUUGUCAUCUAUGUAAGCUGCAUGUUAGCCUUGUCUUUUUUU